AUGAGUACUGUGACAAAUGAGUCAAAGAAGAAGGAAAGCAUUGAUAAAGCUCUUCUUUAACAACAGAGGGAACAACUCAAAUAAACUGUUUUGGAAAGAUUUAUCAAGGAUUUUGGGAAGAAUAACAAAAAUAAAAUAUAAGUAACUUACAAUCUAGAGAUUAGAUAAUCACCAAUAUUGUGAAUGAAUAUUUCUCAAAAACUAGAGUUACUGAUGUUACUUUGAAAAAUUUAAAACAACAAGUUUAAUAAGCAAUUCAAAAUGCAGGAUCCACAACUCAAUCUCAAGCAGAAUAAUCAAUCAAGGAAUCCCAAGGUAUAGCAAUGUUGUAUUUGGUAGUGACACAGUAACAGUAGUUGUAAUAGAUACCAUAAUAGAAACCUCCAAGUAGUCAAUCAAGGAAAUCAAACUAAUAAAUGUAAACAGCUGCAUAAUAACAUCAAGAUGUCUAUUCUGAAACCUCUUCCAAGGUAUCAAGAAUUCAUUAACAAGGCACCCAAAUCAGUGUACAUGAUGGAGGGAGACGAAGAUGAUGAAUGGGCGACUUUAGUUAAAUUCGAUACUGAAUUGUAUAAAAAAGAGAAGGAACUUGAAGUCAUUAGAAAGUAGGAAUUUAAAAAGAAGAUCAAAUCGGAGUUAGAUAGAUAAAUAAAUGAGAAAUAAGGGAAGAAACACGAAGAGGUUCAAGAUGAAGAUGCUUAUGUGAAGUUGCAUCAUUAUCAAUUGAAUGUAUAUGACUAGAGAGAGAAGGAUAAGCAAGAUAAUUUGAAGAAUAAAAUAUAUAAUGAAAAGUUAUAAAGAGACAAAUAAGUAAGAGAUGAAUAGUAAAGAAAGUAAUAUAAUAUUCAUAUUAUUAAUAGAAAAGUUGAAUCAAAAAGAGAGAAGGAACUGGACAGUUUGUUGGUGAAGAAAAUUAGAGAAGAAUUAGAAUUAGAAUAAAGAGAGUAAUUAAACAGAAGAAACAAAGAAAGAGAGCGUUUUCUAAGAAUGAUGAAAGAAAAUGAGGAGUAUAGAAAGAAAGCCUUAGAGGAUGCUAAGUUGGAGAAGGAAGCAGAAACUCAAAUGCAACAAUAAUACAUCAGUUUAUAGAAUUAAUUAGAGGAAUAAAGAGAAUUAGAGAGGAAAUAGCGGGAGGAGAAGAUGAAAAAGGUUAUGGGAAUGUUUGCUGAAGGAGUUGUUCGAGAUCAAAAAGAGUUGAUUAAAUAGGAAGAUGAAAAAAUGCUUAGGAACAUUAUUUAAUAGAAUGAAAGAGAAAAGAUUGAAGAAGAGAAGAAAAAGCUGAAAUAAUUAGAUUAAAGAUAACAAUUAAGAACCUUUUUAAAUUCAUAAAUUGAAGAAAAAAAGAGAAGAUAAGAAGAAGAGGAAGAACUCAAUAAAAGACAAGCAGAAAUUUGGAAAUAAGAUUUAGACAAUUACAAUGAUCAUGAAAAAAAGAAAUUUGAUGUAUUCAAAUCUCAUUUUACAUUAGUACAUCAAAGAAGUAAAUUUAAGACAUGCAGAUAUAUUAAAGAGUUAAAUCUAAGAAAAACAAGGUAAAAUCAAGUAAAAAUCUACUAAAAUGAACACAGCUGAGUUAUUAUAAAAUAAGGAUAAACUAAAAGUUAUUGCAUAAGAAGUACCUGAUCUAGGAGAUAAAGUAAAAAAAGUAGAGAUUUGAUGAAUUAAAAUCAGC